AUGAAGGUGUUUUUAAUCGUAUUCAUUUAUGGUAUAAGUGUUUGUGUCGCAACAAAGUAUUUAUCUUCAGAGGAUCUACAAAACCUCUUUUUUAAAGCUGGUAAAAAUCAAUUAAAUGAAACGGAGAAAAAUUAUAUUCAAGAUUUAGCGCAGAUUUUAUAUUUGCCUCAACAAGAUUUGGCAGAUGAUAGAAGCUUAGAACCUCGAUCGACGCUGAACUGUUUAUUAUGCCGGAGCUUGUUUGCUGCAUUAUUUGAUCUUGUCAAUGCCGGAGUAUCUGAUGAAGAUUUAAUAGUCUCUGCAUCGCAGAUUUGCAUUGACUUGUCAAUUGUAUCUCCAAGGGUUUGUCACGGUGCGGUCUUAUUAAACGGGCCCAUAAUUACGUAUAUAAUAAGGAACACACCAGAAGCAGAACCGCGCACGUUUUGUGCCUUCUUUCUACAAACAAAUACACAAUCCAACAAUUGCAACUACAAUGAUGAGAGAUACAACUGGGAAGUAGAAUUGCCACCUCCUAGUACUGGAUCCGUCACUCCAAAGAUCGAUAAUAAACCUCUCACCGUGGCUAUCAUAUCUGAUGCGCAUAUAGACCCGCUGUACGAGCCCUUCGGAGUCGCGGAUUGCUCUGAUCCAACAUGCUGCAGGGCGGGACAAACGCCCAACUCACACAAUUACACUUACAACCCAGACACGGACGACCCUAUCGUUCUGAACAGCACUUCUGAAGUGAAUGGACAAAUCGUCCUUGAUAUAGAUGCUGGGAAGAAGUUAAAACAGAUUAGAAGCAAGAUGAACAGAAAUACGCGUAAUUCUGCCCCGGCUGGCUACUGGGGUGAUUACCGGAAUUGCGACUCUCCCAUUUGGGCUUAUGAUGAUGUCAUAGAUAGAAUCCAUUCUACACAUAAGGAUAUUGACAUGAUCUAUUAUUUAGGCGACACAAUUGACCAUCAUGUUUGGGAAACAACUUACGAAUUAAUCAACGACAUGAAUCUUUACCUUGUAGAAAAAAUAAGAAAAACUUUUGGCGACCACAUCCCAGUCUUAGCUACUAUUGGCAAUCACGAAUCUCAACCUACCAACCAAUUCGCACCAGAGAGAAUAACUGAUAAAAACAUGAACACCACUUGGUUAUAUGAAGGUUUGGCUAAAAAAUGGGAGAUGUAUUUGACUGAAGAGGCAAAAGAAACCAUGCGUAGACGAGGCGAAUACUCUAUGGUUGUACGACCGGGCCUGCGGGUGAUUUCGAUUAAUAACAAUGUGGCCUACAAAUAUAAUUGGUGGUUAGUUUUCGACCCAAUGGAUGCUAAGCGUCACUUAGACUGGCUUGUAAGUGAGCUGUACAAGGCUGAACAAAAUGGUGAAAAAGUGCACAUAUUGAGUCACAUUCCACCUGGCGUGCAUGAUUUGACAUAUACUUGGACCCGCGAGUACAAUCGCAUUAUUAAUAGAUUCAAAUCAACGAUAGCAGCAGAAUUCAACGGGCACUUACACUCAGACGAGUUCAGAUUGUUUUACGAUGAAAACAACAGCCCCGUAGCAGUAGCAUGGGGCGGUGGUAGCGCUACCGCAUACAUAAACUAUAAUCUUAAUUAUAAAAUCGCUACUUUUGGACCGCAAAAUUUCGAACCAUUGAGCAUUAACAGUUACAUUUACAACUUAACUGAAGCCAACCUCACUCCAGGAAAACGGCCACACUGGUUCCAACUUUACGAUCUAAAGAACACUUAUGGUAUCCAAGAUCUUUCGCCCACAACCUUAAAUAACUUGGUACAUUCCAUGGUCACAGACAAAAAAACAUUAUUAGAUAUCUAUAACGCUUUUUACUCAAAACUCAGUGAUACAAGAUGGCCGUAUUGUAACGAAUACUGUAAAAUUGAUAAUCUGUGCAAAGUUGUUGUUACUGUGUUGUUCGAACGAGAGCGUUGUGAAGAAUUAAGAAGACUAUUCUUUUCGUAAAUGUUUAAAUAAAAGCACUUUUCUGUUAUAAA